AUGACGGCGAUCCGGGCGCUCCUGCUCUGCUCCUGCCUGGGGCUGCUGCUACGCCCGGGGGGCGGGCAGCCCUUCCUGCGCCUGCGACCCUCGCCCAGCGACAACCUGCCCGUCAAAGACAUCGUGGAACACCCGGACCCCGAGUACGACCCUAAGGAGCAGGACCUGGACGAGAGGACUCUGAGGAAGAAACUGGGCAGCCAUUUCGACCCCGGCUUCAUGGCCGUGGCUGUGCCGGGGCCGGCUAAUGCCUCGGGGACCGAGGCGGCGGUGGCGGCGGCGGCGGCAGCGGCAGCGGCGGGGCGGGGGCGGGCGGCGCUGCCUGCCGAGCUGCGGCGGCUGGAGCUGGGUCCGCCCCGGGGACCGCGCCUCAGGGUGGGCAAGAAGGCGCGGCGGAAGGUGCUGCAGUGGCUCUGGGCAUACACCUACUGUCCCGUCCUCUACACCUGGAAGGACCUGGGCAUCCGCUUCUGGCCCCGUUACAUCAAGGAGGGCAACUGCUUCGCCGAGAAGUCCUGCUCGCUGCCCGAGGGCAUGUUCUGCAAGCCCGUCAAGUCGGUCACCAAGACCUUCCUGCGCUGGCACUGCCAGGGCUGGUCCAGCCAGAAGUACUGUACCUGGAUCCCGGUGCAGUACCCGCUCAUCUCCGAGUGCAAGUGCUCCUGCUAG